AUGUCUCAAUUGGCAGGUCUUCCGGUCUUGAUAGAAUACGUCUCGUUUGUGAAGCGAAGGAUCCAGCCGCUUUUGAGCAAUGAAGAGAUUCGACAGUACAGCCCGGGAUGCUUACCCCCGUUGUCAACUAUGUCGAGAAACUCCUACCCUUGGGUUCACUGGACUCGACGUGUCGUUGACAAUGUGACUUCUCUCAGCGAGGGCUCUGUUCUGGACGCCAUCAUCGCACAAGCCCUCUUUGGCCGCGCCAGAAUGAUGGAGCAGAAGUGGUUCCAAGACGUACAUCGCCUUCACGGAAGCUGUCUGGACUCUUUACCGAAAGACGCCCCGAUAGAGUUCGCGCAAUCGCAAGCGGCCAUCUUUGGCGGCACAGGCCGCUCUGAACCGCCGCCGCCACCGACCGAGACGACGCCGACCGAGACGACGCCGACCGAAACGACGCUGACCGAAACGCAGCCCACGCAGGACUUGCUCGCCAGGCUGCAGGCCAAAAUCGAAGAAAUCAACACGUUUGAAACCCAACAACACAAGAAUCUCGAGGAUCUGUUCAGCGCCCUCGCCAAGUCCUACCCCGGCAUCAAAGGCGUCCUCUGCGGCGUCCGACACAGCUUCCGCGGCCGCCACGAUCGAUGCGCAGAAAGAGAAGUACUCUUGAGCGCGACCUCGGAGUACAUUCAGGAGAUGGAGUGCCAGGGACAGAUUUGA